AAUUUCCACGCGAUAAUAAACCACUUCGUUGAGCUAUCAUUUGUGAUAGCCAGGUCGCUUCUGAAAAAGAGCUAUAUAGCUCAGUGAGGCCUUACCUGGUUUAAAUGAAAAAUAUUUUAGUUUAAAAAGAUAAAAUAUUUUCGCGUAUUUUUGAUGACCGGUCCACCAUCAAGUUCGGUGGAGGGCUACAUAAAUGGCACACGGCCACCGCGUGACUCGGCGAUCACGCACUCUGGAUGCAAGAAUCCACGCGCUCCACUUGUUUAUCGGUGUCAGCGUGCACCUCACCAUGCUUUUUUAUAUGCCCAUAGUUUAAUCGUUUCUGAGCCAUUUCAGAGCGGGUAAUGUUCAUGUAGAAGUCGCACAAUAUCUUUCAUACGAAUGAACUGCUCGCUACGAUGAGAUUUCGCGAUCUACGCGAAACCAUUCAAGGCUUUAGUGUCAGUUCGCGUCGCCACAUACAAGUAAAUUAUUUUAGUCCCAUCAGUUUGUGGGCUUUCUGGACCAAUGCCCAGCAGCACUUUUACGUACGAGUUUGAACUGGGUCUCAUUUUGCAGUACACUCUGAAAAGUAUGUUGCUGGUUUGCAGGGUUUACUGUAUAUCGUCGCGUGUUUGGGUCGCGUCUCCCUUCAUAAAUUAGCCGUGUGGUGGCUGGCCACAGCCUCUGUGCGGGUUUCACGAUUACAUACAUCUUUGUUGUUUAUUUUGUACUAUUACUGAUAUUAUAUUUUUUCAUUUUCCAUUGCAAUCCUCGAUAAGGGUGAAAGUGGUCGUAGUUUUAGCCGUGUAAAAAAAGUGAUCACCCCCAGACGUAACUGCCAUCCCGAGUGCUGUACAGAGACCUCUAAGUGUGCGUAGCUUGCGUGUUCCCACGGGUGUAUUUUAAAGGGGGCAAAGUGUAAAUAGAAGCACGCCUACCGGACCGAUCGACCGGGCUACAUUGGUGUGGGGAGGGGUGUUGUAACGUCGCGCGUCUGUAUUAGCCGUGGAUCAGGACAGCAAGAGUAUUGAAGUACGGACGGAGACUUGGGGGGGGUAAGUGCAGUGUUUGUUGACUGAGAGGGGUUUUUUUUUAGAAUGGGGGUCGCGGGAUAUUUUGUUGUACGUACUUAAAAGUCGCGCGGGUAAUUCUUGUUUUCUAUAACGUUAUUUAGGUGUUUAAAAAAAACAAAUCUCGUGUCGUGUGUUUUGAGGUUAUGCAGCUUUUUACAUGAACGUCACAACCAUGUAUUUAAUGUCAAGAUGAUGAUGAUGCGACCACGCGCAGGCACGGCGGGGUUUGUUGGUGGCUGCUCUGCUGUACGAGUUGCAGUGCUGCUGACUGUGCCGCCCCCUCGCCGCCGUUCCUGUUUUGUGCUAUUGUUGUUUUCUUUGUAACAAAAUAAACAGAAAAUAUUUAAAACCCGCACGGCGCUCCGAAUCGUCACCCGAAUGAGGUCGGCCACGUGCUGCUCGUAUUGUUGUCACGUGGGCUGUGCGCGCGGGGAGGGGGGAGUAGGGGACUUCCGCGUCACGUGACGCAGGGGCGCACUCGGUUGCCUAGCAACGCGAGGCGUCAACACGUGCCUUAGAGACGGACACGGGGAGAGCGACAGGGAGACGGAGAGAGACACGGGGAGAGAGACAGGAAGAGAGGAGGAGGACUUGGGAGGAGGGGAGAUAUACGAGGAGGGAGACGGGAAGGAGCUAACGAGGAUUCGAGGAGCGAGACGAGGUGGAGAGGAAACGAUGGAAGGCGGCGUAGGGCCUGGAGAGGAGGCGAGGUCACCCAGAACUCGACUCCUGGCAGCCGAGGAGGAGGAGAAGGAGGCUGAGGAGGAGGAGGAGGCCGAGGAGGAGGAGGAGGCGACAUCGAGAGCCGCCGGGCCCGAGGGAGAGGCCCCGGCUUGUGGAGACGGCCGCAAGCCGCGGCCUGCAGCAGCACGCGAGGCCGGGUUCGGGGCCGGACCCCCGGCGCCUCCUGCGGGCGAGUGGGACUCAGCGGGAGCCGGCUGGGACGUGCGGGCGUCGUUCCGGGAGAACUCCCCCCGCGAGGAGGAGCUGCUGGUGCUCGCGGACUCAUUCCAGCGGCAGUACUCACUCCUGUACCCCGACCGCAGGCCGCUGCUGCUCUGCCCCGCCAACGAGUGCGGGGUGCAGAAGUUUGUGUGCACCACCCUGAGGCCCACGCUGGUGCCCUACCUCGAGCUCCAGCACUGGCAGGGCAGCGCCAGCUUCGUCUCCGACUGCGUGGUGCCCACCCCGCUCGAGCCGCCCACGGCGCUGCCGUCGCGGCUGGCGUCGCCGGUGACGGUGCUCCGGCGGAAGCGCGCCAACUCCCUGGAGGCGAGCUCCCUGCUGUGCUCGCUGCUGCUGGGCGCCGGCUACGACGCCUACUGCGUGUGCGGCUAUGCCGACCGGCCCACGUGCCUCGCCGACGAGUCGCGUGCCGACUGCCCGCUCCUCCGCGAGCCCGAGCCGCCCGAGCCAGCCGAGCCCCGGCGCCCGCCCAACAAGUACGCGGUGCGGCGAGCGCGGGACCUGCGCAGCCACCACGAGGAGCGGCUGGAGGAGCGCCGGCAGGCCGAGGAGGGGGCCGCGCGGGAGCGGCGCCGGCGGGAGGAGGAGGCCGGCGCCGCGGAGCGCGAUCGCCCGUCUCUGGACCCGCUGCACGGGCUGCGCGUCCACUGCUGGGUGCUGGUGCGGCCGGGCCGGCGCGGCGUGGCCGAGGCGUUCUUCGUGGAGCCGCUGAGCGGUCGCGCCUUCUCCACGGCCGACGGGCGCUUCCUGGGCGUGGAGAGCGUGUGGAACCACCGCAACUACUGGGUCAACGUGCAGGACUGCCGCCACGGAUGCCAGGGAGUGUCGUUCCAUGUCCACGACGCGCUUGGCUGGGAGGCCGUGUUCCCCGGCGUUCGUCCGCGCACGGCCGGAUCAGCGGCUCACGGCGGCUACGGCGACGAAGAGGAAGAGGAGGAGGAGGAGGACAAGGAGGAGGAGGCCGAUCCGGAGCGUCGGCAGAAGGAGGAGCGGGCGGGGUCCACGCUGCCUCCAUCGUGGGUGGGCAGGAUCCAGCUGUCCCCACACGACUUGGAGAUGCGCUGCCCUGGUGGCAAGAGGACGGUGCAGUUCCGCCGUGCACGGCUCGAGAAGCUGGCACCGUUCCUGCAGCGCGACGGCCUCAUAUCGCGCCUCUCCGUCUUCCGUGACGACGAGUGCACCCAGCUGGUGGAGGUGAGGGAGACCUACGGCCACCGCAAGGACCGGCUGGAGCGCAAGCUGCUCAACAAGGAGUCGGGCCUGGUCACCGAACACUUCGCGCCCGGACGCGCCGACUGCCUUAAAGAGCACACGUUCGCGUCGCCGGUGCCCGAGACGGAGCGGCGGGCCGAGUUCUACAGCGCGGCGCGCGUGGACGGCCUGCGGAGCCGCCGCGAGACGGCGCUCGAGCUGUGGGAGGAGUUCGAGGGGCGCGGCGACCGCCUGCGUGCUCGCCACGCCCAGCUGGGGCCUCGCGUGAAGCGUGCCGGGCCCGCGGGGGCCCACGACUCGCACUGCCGCCCCAUCCUGAAGGUAACCGAAGACUUUGACCGGGACCCGUCGCGUCCGGCGGACGAGGACCCGUCGCGCCGCACGUUCCUGCUGGCGGAGGAGCGCGUGAGCGUGCUCUACCACCAGGACCCGGCGCGCAUCACCCGCUCCUGCCGCCACUUCCUCAAGCCGCCGUGCGGCACCGACGGAACCAUCGAACCGCCCGGGCCCGACUCCUACUCCGCUUACCAGGCCGACCCCGCCGCUCCGCAGUUAAAGAAGCGAGAGGUUUAUGAGAUGCUCGUGGAGCUCAUGGCCGCCGAGGAGAAGACGCUGCAGCUCGUGCGGAAAUCCGAGGAGGAGGUGCGGGAGAUGCUGCGUGUGCGAGCGCAGGAGGAGGCGACGAGCGAGCUCGUGGUGAGCGUGUACGACACGCUGCGCAACCACCGCAUCAAGCAGCGGCGCCAGGAGCUGGAGCGCUUGCGGCAGGAGGAGCAGCGGCGCCGGGAGGAGCCCCAGCUGGACUACCUGGCGCCGUUCCUGGCGCGCCUGGGCGACCCCGAGGAGCUGACGCGCCGGCACGCGGAGCGGCUGCGGAGCGAGUGCCUGGACGACGUCAAGCGCCAGCUCACGGCGCAGGCCAACGCCAUGCAGGAGCGCCUCGAGAAGGAGGUGGAGGAGCUGCAGCAGCAGGAGGGAGCACGGGGCCCCGGGGGCCGCGCGGGUGAGGAGGAGCGCAACGCCGCGUGCGAGGAGGCGGCCUUCCGCGUCCUCGUCACCGAGCAGCGCCUACACAGGCACAAGGCCACCGCGCCGCACGUCUACGCGGAGAUGGAGCGCAGGCUGCAGAGCGACCCCCGGCUGUCGGCUCUGCUCCAGGACCCGUGAGGUUCCACCCCGGACUCCAACCUACGCCCACGCCGCUCCAAUGGUGGCGGUUGCGUGCUCAAUACAGGCUGUGAUCCAUUUACAGACACUGCACCGAUUUCGAAUGACCUUAACGUUAUUGACCUCUCUUAAAACAGCCGAUUGAAUAUCGCAACGGUGAUGGCUGCAUAUCGGACAAGAGAAUACUUGUUGCGAUUGGCGGGAGAUGUGUAGAGCGUUUGAAUUUGAAUGUUGUUUCUCUAGAAUGUAUGCCCAUUAUUAAUUUUCAUCUUGUUUCUCUACAAUGCAUGCCCGUUAUUUUAGUGGGGUACCUAUAAACGGAUCGCCCUUUAUAUGCGCACUGCUCACCAUCAGCUGCCGCCCGUAUUUUGAAGCAUUUCCAGCGAGCACACUACCCGCAAAUCUCCUCUGUAAAAUCGAGCCGCCUUAUUCAAAGUCUCGUCCGCAACCUAAACCCGUUCAUAUAAAAGUAACCUGUAAUUUUACGAAUGCAACAUUAACCGCUGCUAUUCGCGACGCUACGAAGGGCCGGUGACACCAACCAUGGUGCCUGCUGUGCCAGGCUGGGUGCGCUCUGAGGCCAUGUGAAGUGUCAAGAGGCUGACUGGCCCAGGUGUUAUGGGUUCACGGAUUGAGACAGGCAGAAUUACCUUACCCGUGGCUCCCCGUUACACCGCCAGUUUGUGCAAACAAACACGCAUACACACGCAGUUGGAGAAACAUACGAUAGGACCACAGAGCUUGGGCAGUUGUCGCCGGUUCUGACUGCCUCUCCUGUUGGUUUCCCACGCCCUUCAUGUGAAAACUGUACACGUUACUCACACUUUAAAAACGUUAUUAUAAUAAGCACAACACAGCAACAGUUGUAUGUAGAACUUCUUACGCACUGUUCAUAGCCAACCGUGCUAAUUGGAGGUGCAGGGGAAGGACAACAAAUUCGCAUAUUUUUUGCUGAGUAUUCGGUUUUUAUUCACCACUCUUCAGAGACUAAACAAGCAAAUGUUUAAGCACAAAGGAGAAAAAAUGGCACAAGUAGUAGAAACGAAUUCAAGCGAGAAAACAAUAAGUUCAGAAGUGAGAGGCCCGGUGAAGUGUAUUUACACCCGAUCUGAAUCCAAAGUUUAAUUUCUAAACACCUUUAAGACGGCAAAGUUUUACCGGCUGCGCGCCUGCAGUUCUGGAGUAUCUGUCGCCUGUCAGACUCCAGUUACAAGCCACUUCUCCGCUUGUCACUCACUAACUCACCUACCCACUUUGUGACGUGCUCACCCAUACACACCACCCACACUCAUUAGCUCACCUACCCACUCAUUCACUCACCCAACAAACCAUUCACCCAUGCAAUAACUAAUUCACCCUUCCCACUCAUUCACCCACCAGGUUGGGUUGUGUAGCUUUGCACUAUUGGCUGGGGGGUUUAAGUCACCCCUGGUGCAUUCCGUGUAGGCUGCAUUUAUGCACUCGACAGCAGUGCAUUAAACCAGAGCAGAGACUCCCAUUGUUGGUAGCACCCAGGGUAGAGAAAGCGUUAAGAGCUACCAAUGUCUUGAUGUGGCCAGACUAAAUAAACAGAAUUUGUCUGUCUGCCUGUCUUGGCGCCAGCCCGAGUAACUUUAGCUGCACAGAGUAAAACAAGGUCAUCAUUCGGACCUACAAGUAAUUCCAAUUGAGCAAUUCGUUAAACGUGCGUGGGAAACUCCUAAAUUCACCAAGGCACGUGACUGAGAAGUGGCAGAGCAGCCAGUAGGGUUCGUUUGCUGCUCACCUCAUAACAUUUAUCAACAGGGGUGGAACAAACAUCCCAAAGCAGGAUCCUCCUCUUGGUAGCCACGAGGGCUUCCCAGAGGGUCUCGAAGCGUUACCACCGUUCUUAACGUUCUCAUAUUUAGUUGGCCAAGUAAAAAAAUCGGCCGAAAUAAAACGUUCCCAUCUUGGGUAGCACCAAACUCCGAGGCUAACACAAACUACCGCCGCCCAAGCAUUGAGGUUCAGUCAAAAGAACAUUUCAAGACCAGUGUAUAAAAAGCUACGUAAAUAUGAAUGUAACACUCAAUCACUGCUGCCGGCACGACGCACGGUGGCGACAUUUAAACGCCGGCAAGCGAGGAGCGCUCACAAACACCUCGACCGGAGGACGAUGCGGGGAGCGCCGGCCACUGUGCUGGCCAGGUUCCAUGAUUCAGCACCAGCGGCUCCGCGUGGCACAGCCACAGUUGCGCCCGUGCCGUCGCGGCGGGCGCGGCCGUGGCAGCCGUCACCCACAGGACCGUCGGUGCCGUUCGCCGGCUCUGCCGCUGCUGCUACUGCUGCUGCUCCCUUUAGUCGCUGGGCGCCCCUCCGGAUUUGCCGCCGCCGGCCAGCACGGACGCGUGAAUGUUGUGGACGACGCGGGUCAGGUAGUGCCACCCCAUCGGCACGGCCCUCACCGCGUGGCUCACCUGCUGCUCCACGCUGGCCCCCCCCGCCGAUACACACAGAUGGCGGUUAGCGUCGGCGAUAGGCGUGAGCGGUUACUCACCGCCCACUCAUCUACUCGACCAUUCGCUCGUUCACUCGCUCACACGCUCGCUCUUCCGUCCAUUCGUCUACUCAACCCACACGACGACUCGUUAGUGAACAUAAGCACCCACUCACUCAUCUACAUAUUCAUCUACCCACUCACCGGCUUGUUCAUUUAAUAACUCAACCACCCAUUCGCUGACCCACUCACCCAACCUCUCACCCACUCAUGCAUCCACUCAAAGACACAGGAAUGACUGCUCACUUAGUACAAAUCGUUACAUAUGCCUUUUGCGAGCAGAUCCAUUAUUGAAGGGCGCCCAAUAAAUUAUUGUGCGAGUGUAAUAAUCAGUAAUCAAUACAUGAACCGUCACAUCCUGA